AUGUCUCGCAGUCGCGCAGCAGCACGUGUGGCGAGCAAGGAGGAGGCAAGCGUAUCCCCCAGUUUUCAGCAGGGACUCUCUCAGAGAAGCCUGAAGACCCUCUCCUCUUUGACGUCAGUCCUCGACCUGCACUCCACGUUCGUCGCCUACGACUACCGACCCAGAUACCUACGCGCCUUGUCCGACCAGAUCCACGCCUACAAUUUGGCCGAGAGCCUGAUACUGCUCUUCAUCAACCUCUCGCUGAUCGCCGUGGACCAGUUUGUGGACCCUUCCUUGUCUGGCUUGGCUGAGAGACUCGGGGGCUGGUGUCUGCUGGUCGCCAUCGAGAUGGCAUGCGAGAUAGUCCUCUUCAUGGUAACACCAAAAGCAGACCAAGCAAGGAAAGCGGCUUCGUGUCUCUGUGUCACUCUGUCUGUGUGUAUCGUGCGUGUCUCAAGAUCUCUGUGCGGCUGCACAACUUGCCCAUCGUCCGCAGUGAGCAUGAGCCUGGCGCCCUGGCGUUCAGGCUGGUGUCUUUGCUCUGGUGCGUACGCACGCACACCAAACAACACGCCCAGUCACGUCAGGCACAUAUACACACACACACACACUGCCAUCCUGCCUGUCCCUCUCAGUGCCUCCGUGGCUUUGUUACUCGGAUUUCUGCCAUCGGUCUUGCUGUUCACCUUAAGGGCGGCGAAGCCCGGCCAAUACAGGGACUUGACCACUGCAAAGCUGUGUCCACAUAGUUUCGCCUACUCUGUCUGACUGACCGACGGACGCGGAGAUGCGAUUGAGCAGGACCAUCAUGCAAGGCCCGGAUAGAGGCCAUUUCAUUGAAGGGUGUCAGGCCUUAUAAGUGCACAAAGAGCUUUACGAGCAGGGCAUGUGUGGUCAGAAAGCGACAGAAGACGGACAUUAAUCAAUGCACACAUAGAGAAG